AUGGUGGAAUGGCAGUUUGUUGAAGCUAUUAUGGCCAAGAUGGAGUUCCCUCCACAUUGGAUUAACUUAAUUCAAACCUACCUCCAUUCUGUAUCAUACUCAAUACUGGUUAAUGGUGAGCCUCAAAAGUCCUUUUUGCCUUCAAGGGGCCUUAGACAAGGUGACCCUUUAUCCCCCUACUUCUUCAUUUUAUGUGCAGAAGCUCUCACUGCCCUUUUAAACAAAGCUGAAGGUUGUGGUGUUUUGACCCCUAUCCCUAUUGGAAGAGGUUCAGUAUCAGUGAAUCACCUAUUUUUUGCAGAUGAUAGCCUGCUCUUCUGCCAAGCUUCAACUAAGGAACUCAUACAUGUGCUCAACUUACUUGAUAUAUAUGAGAAGGCCUCAGGGCAGAAAGGUUGGAGAAUUUUACAAAACCCAAACUCUCUGGUGGCCAGGGUUCUUAAGCAAAAGUAUUUCAGCAAAAUGGGGCUGUUAAAGCCGAAGUGGGGACAGGGCCAUCUUUUGCCUGGAGAGUUUUCUAAGGAGGAAACCCAACGAACUGCUGAGCCUUUUCGGUACUCGAUUGUUUUGAAAUUUCUGCGGAACCAACCAUCCUUGGAUGCUAUUAGGGCCUUCAUUCACAAGCGAUGGAAUCUUGAUGGCAUUCCAGUCGUUUCUAAUAUGAGGCAUCCUCGGAAUGUAUUUAUCAGAAUGGUUUUGGAAGAGGACUGCAUGAAGGCUAUGUCUCGUGAAGUUAACGAUAUUGAUGGGGUUCCCUACCGUCCAUUUCACUGGACUCCAGAAUUUAAAGAAGAAGAAGAACCAUAUAUUGUACCGGUUUGGAUUGUACUUCCAGGUUUGCCUCCUAACUAUUAUCAUGAGUCUUUUCUUAAAAUUCUUAAAGCCCCUAUAGGUAGAUUUAUUAGAAGUGAUAAUUCCACUCGUUGUGCUACUCGAACCGAUGGUGCUCGUAUUUGUGUGGAAAUGGAUGCUGCAAAGCAACCUUUACCUUAUUUUUGGAUUGGGAUGCCUGGUCUAGGAGCUAGCCGAAAGCAAGAAAUUAUUUAUGAAACUCUGCUGGUGUUCUGUUCUAAGUGUAAAAUACAGGGGCAUAAUUCAAAGACUUGCCGUGCUGGGAAAAAGAAUGCAGGAGGUAAGGUGUGGGUUCGGCAACAAGAACCGAUUGUGGAAGAGUCGAAGGAAAAGAUUCCUACUCCAGUUGUGGAUGAUAAAGAAGUUGAAACAAACCAAGAUACUGAGGAAAAUCGGGUGUUAGGUGAACCCAUUCUUUUGGUUGAGGAGUUGGAACCAGAAAAGGAUCAAGAGGAAAAUCCUGAGAUUGCGGAUCCUGCGGAAGAAAUGAACCCACUAAUGGAAGCAGAGUUGGAAACGGACAGGAGGGAGGGGGAAGUUGUUCCUAGUUCAGAGGAAAGGGAGGUUGAUAAUGUUCACGAGGAAGAGGUACUCUUGGAAGAUGGUUCGAUGUCUGAUCCGGAACCUGAGAAAAAUGCGAAAGUAUUUUUGCAGGAGAAGGAAUAUCAUUCGGACGCAGAGGAUGAAGUCGUAAAGAGAAAAUAUCAGAAGCGGCAGUUUGAGAAAAUCAGGAGUUCCAGGCGGGUGUUCAUGCGGAUGUUGCGGUUUGAUAAGGUAAUAACGAAUGAGAAUGAUGGUGGGAAAAUCUGGGUAUUUUGGAAAAGUGAAGUGGACGUGCAGAUGCUUUGGGAGGAGCUGAGUUCGGAUAGAAUGGGUGUUGAGCCUUGCUUGUUUGCUGGGGAUUUCAAUAUAAUUCGGUCGGACGUGGAAAGGUGUGGUGGUCGUCCAUGGACUAGAGUUGCAAUGGAUGAGUUUAAUAGAUGGAUUCAUCAGGGCAGGCUGAUGGAAAUGAAUUCACAAGGGGGAAAGUUUACAUGGUGCAACGGUCAGCAGGGAUUAUCUGGAGCUUGGGCAAAGUUGGAUCGAGUUUUCGGGGCUUUUAAAUUAGCUAGCAAACUUAAAAAGCUUAAGGUGGCGUUACGUGAAUGGAACAAGAGGGUGUUUGGGAGAACUAAUAAUCAGAUUGCUAUUCUUGAAGAAAAGGUUGAGAGUCUUGAACAUUUGUUGCCGAGAGAUUGGGAUAAUGAUAUUGAAAGGGAGCUAGUGCGGUGUUCUAAUGAGUUGUCUUCUUGGAGGCGAAGGGAGGAUAUAAGACUGGCUCAGAUGGCUAAAAUCAAGUGGAGAAUGGAUGGUGAUAGGAACUCAAAAUUCUUUCAUGUUUGGUUAUCUAAUAAAAGAUCUAACCCGGCAAGGGAGGUGCCAGAUUUAACAAGCUUGAUAUCUUCGGUUAUUGAUGAAGAGGAUUGUGUUCGGCCUUGUGGGAUCCCUUCGUUGGUUGAAGUGAAAGAGGCCCUAUCAUCUAUUCCUAUAAAUAGUUCUCCGGGUCCAGAUGGUUUUGGCGAUAAUGUGGAGGAAAUUGUUGAGGCUUUGGCUGGGGGAACUGGAUCUGGGAACUACCAAAUCCGCGUGGGAUUGCAUUCGAGUACAAGGAUCUAG